UUUGUUACAUUCUCGGGCCAUGAUAUGCUAUUUCUUGUCAUGGUCAGGUGUGCCAUGGUUCUCGUGCUGGAUUUUUGCCCAUUUUAUUGGGCAAAAAUUGGGUCUGCCACUGAGUGCAUCAUUAUUAACAUAUUGAUUUAACUUGAAUUAUUGUGUUUUUGCAGUAGACGCAGAAGUGCCAAAAGACAACAAAGGAAUCAUGCCAAAUGUCUCCUCUUCUGGGCCACAGUCUCUUUAUAGAUCACCUGAAUCAAAAAAGGACCCUGUGUGUUCAUGGGCAAUGUCAACUCUCGCUCAUAAGCCCGAGGACCUAAGCUGUCAGGGUCUAGGUGGGAAUCGCAGUGGCUCCAGUUCAUCACGUGGAAACCUAAAAACGUGCUCUUCUGCAAAAACCGACAAUUGUUUGCAGGGUAACUACUCACCCGUUUCAGAUUUUGAAGACCUGGAAAUGGAGCUGGAAGCUGAGAAGGACAGAGUCGCCUUAAGCUUAUUGGUCGAUUCUGUGCUCAGCUGCUCAGAUGACAAUGACAGCCGAAGACUUUCUUGUAAACGGGAAGACCUGUCCUCUAAUAGUGUGGGGAAUAAUAAAUCUGAUCAGAAGGAAGAAGACCUCUUGAAAAAUCAGUGUUUACAUGUUCCUGAACACCCCCGGGUGCCUUCCGUUCAGUUUUUCAAAUCUUCAGCUCCUAGUGGCGCAAAGUCAUAUUCAAAUACAGAUCUUCUUUUUUCGUUCGCAAAAGAAAUAGAUCCAAAGCCCCCUGGGAAACCAGCGGCAUUGACAAAAUCCAGUAAUGAUGAGAGUGAAAAUAGUCAGCAGCAGCAUCAGAUUACCUUCCCUUUGUCCAAUAAGCCACUUGGAGCACUACCCAACCCUGAUAAACCCAAGGGCUGUUCAGUUCUCUUUCAGACUUCUAACAAGAAAGAGAAUGAAAUCUUGCACAAGAUUGAAAUGAAUGGUGUUUUUCGCUCAACCACUACCUCAUUGAGUAAUAGUACUUCAGUCUUGAAUCACAUCCCAAUGUCAAGGGAUGUAGAUGGACUGACAGGGACAAAUGCUCGAGAUUCUGUAGAGAGCACACAUAUAAGUAGGAAAGAACAAAGCAUUGAUUGUCAGUUAUCAUACUCAAAGGAUAGCCCUUUAAAUAUAUCUUUUCAAGGGUCAUCAAUCCUGCCAGACUGUAAACUUGCUUUACCAAACCAAUUGGUAAAAGAUGUACGUGACCAAAAGUCACUAGGUUCGCUUUUGACAUUUCAUCAAGCACACUCCAGUUCCCAUCUCCCGGGCCCAAGAAAUGGGUCCUCAAAACCAUUAGUAGACAGUGACACUAACAAACUGUUAGAUCAGCUCUCGAACACUGCCCACCGCUUGGCAUCCAGUAGCUGUUCCUCAAACGACUUGGACAGAUGGGCUGGUUACAGCAGAACUGGAUCCAAGCUCAAACUCAGUGGUGGAAAGAAACAUGACCUUCCUGGAUUUCCCUCUCUUAAAGUUGGAGAAACCCAUUCUUUGUCCUCUCUCGAGCAGGGAGGAGAGAUAUCCAACAACUGGCAGCCGAUACUUGAGGAUUCUACGUCUGCUGACUCUCCUUGGUUGACUGGUACAUCAGAUUGUCCUUCAAUUGCUUUACCGAUCAACCUGGAUAAAGACUUUGCAGGUUGUCCCGACUUAUCUCAACUUCUUCGGCCUGCUGCUCCGCCUUUGUCUACUUUAAGCAAGGGGAGUUUCUCUGGGGCGGGUGUUAGUACCUUCCUGGCUUUAUCGUCUCCAACAUCCUUCAGACUGUGGUUUCGACACAGAAGGCUCAACUUUCCUCUCAUGCAGUUGUCACGUCCUAGUAUCCAUGUGGUUGUGAGUCGGAUUUUGGGGCAGUGCAAGUUUCAUCCUUUUCGAGCUCUGGUUGACUUCACAGCCCCACCAGGCGUAGACAACGAUCACCAGAAGGCCAUCUCAUCUUCAUCAGUGUGUCAUCUGUCAAAAAUUCGUCUCACACCAGAAAGAAGUCUGGAUCACCCCUCAUGGCACAACAUCAGCCCCAAGUCGAUUGUGCGAUUGGAUGGAUCCGCCACUGAAUCUGUGCCUAGUUUUGCUAUUGUCAGUGCAAAUGUCAAAUACCCUGGUUUGCAUAGUCGGGGAGCAUCUAGAGAAAUCAAACAGGUGGGACUCUACGAUACUAACGCUGAAGCUCAAGCGGGUCAACGUUCCAAAAGGGUCUCCCAAAUUCGUAUUCGUAAGACGGUUCCCAAACCAGAUAACAACCUUACUCCAAUGGGACUCCCCAAACCAAAGAGGUGAGCAAUUUUAGUCUUUAUAAUAUGAUGAUGUGGAAUCUAAAUGGAACUGUCCAAUAUGUAAAUAUUUAUCAGCAUUUUGA